GUUGCCGCAUGCCUCCGUCUUCUUGUUUUCACUCAUAAACAUCGCAAAAGCUGAAGGCCAGAGAGAGGGCGUAACUUCGCUGCCGUGAUCCUAAAGAGGUGAGGAGAAACAACACGCAGCAUGGACGCCCACGAGUAUUUCCAAGAGGCAGGCCCAAGCCGACAGCCGGGCCUGCGAAGCACGACCCAGCUCUCCUCCUCGCCGACCCUGCCUCCUGCAAAAGGAGACGAUUCGUUCGGCAUGGUUGACUCUUUUGGAAGAACGCAGCAGUCAGGCGUGAACGUACGCGUAGGCAGGUCGCCUCGCACGCCGAGAGUCAGGGCAUCACCAUAUUCGAGGCCGCACGCGAGUUCCUCAUCACGACUCGGACCAGGAGCGACACAUGAGCACGGAGGGUCCGCCAAUAGUCCCUUUGGGGCCCCUGCGUUGAGCCCUUCUUUAGCAUAUCAAGCUGGCCAGUUGUCUGCAGCACGUAAGCUUGACAUCCGCAGGCCCGCAAGGGGGCAAGAUGCCGCUGGAAGAAGCAAGGCAAAGGCGGCUGGAGAAGAAGACGUGCACCUUGCACAAGAAGCUGCAAAAUCACCUGGAAUGCUGCAAUCUUUCCUUUCUCUCAUUUCUCCUUAUCGAUCUGCACGCAAAGAACGCUCAGCAGCGUUUGGCCCCGAUCUCAAUCCAAAUGUAGACGCGGAGCGCCGAGCAGCGACCGCUUCGCCACUCACUCGUCGGCUGAAUGGCGUUCAGGACUCAGAAAGGGCCUCGCAACUUCAGGCCGACAAGAUCUCGGUAGCUGCCGCUCUAGGAACACGGAGCGGCAACAGGUUGAGAGGCGUACUUUCGCAGCCUUCACUUCCACGCCAUGCCGGCCCAACAUCAAGCGGCUUUGCAAAGUACAGCCGCAUGAACGCUGCACAGGGCCUCUUCGUCUCAAGCCAGCAGCCCUCUGUAGGGGGGGUUGAAGCGACGCAAAGAAUGGCGGAAGAAGAUGCGGAUUCAAUGCAGUCCACGGACCAGGGACCGGAAGGCAUCGCAUCACCCGCCACGAUGCAAACCCCAACCGCUCGGACUAUGCAGGGGUCAGGUCAUAACGAAGGUGUUCCAGACUACUCUCCACAGCGUAACUAUUCUCUGUUGUCCAAAUUCUUCACCGAGAAGAGCGGCGCAUCAUCUUCCGGAGAUGCAGAGCCGCUGACCGAGCUGGAGCUGGCGGGCUGCAUGAAACUCAUCGAAGAGUGCGCCUCUGCCGGACGCGACUUGGAGAGCGAGUUUGGAGAGAUUGCUGCAGGUCACGACAUAACAGCCAGUAUCGCUUCCAAUGCGAACAGCGGUGGCCUGCUAGGCGUCGCGGGACCUUCGCGAACAGGUUUGGGCGUCUCGCCUCGCCGGUCCGAGUCGAUUGGCUCUUCACCUUCUAUGCGUGCCGGUUUGUACGAUGUCGAGGUUGGCGGUCGCCCCACACCGCAGUUGCGCCCAUCUCGAUCAUUCUUGUCGCCGUAUCACGUUGCCAAAAAGACACAGGCGGCAUCUGCUGCCACCGUUCUGGCGCCCGUCAUCCGCUCCCCACCGGCUAGUGUCAGUCCAGCUGCGCGGCGAACGAGGCGAACCAUCUACCUCGGCCCAGGGCUGAGCGUCGCGGCCUCGCCACGGACCGCCAAUCGAAUGCGACAAGCGCCGCCGGCGCAAACGCUCGAGUUGCCUUCAUUCGUCGUGUCAUCGGCUGGAUUUGGCAGCAAAAGGGUUAGGAGGGAAGAGCCGGGCGCGGAGCCGCCGAUGGAUUCGGAGAUGCGAGAUACACGCGCGCAGCGGGACCAAGAAGCUGGUGACAAUGCAUCGCCUCCUACUUCGCUUGCUUCAUCCUCGACGCCAUUCACCAACAAUGCGCUAACUUCCCAACCCGCCUCUUUUCCGCAGCCUGCCUCGCCCGUGCCAAUGACUCCAAGUCGGUCACAGCCACAGUAUCUCCAGCAGAAGCAAAAUCAGCAGGUCACAACUCAGGGUGCUUCGCCAACAGCUGCUGCUUAUGGCUCCGCGCAGCCUACUAUGACACGAAGUGCGACCGCUUCCGCACUCCUUGGCAUCUUGCAAGAGCACCCGCUGGAGCCAUCCCCUCGCCCUCAGCCUCGACUGGAGGUGAUCAACCCCUACCAAAACGCUUCUGUAUCCGCACGUCUCCCUUCCUCUUCAUCCUCCAAUUCGGUCGCCUCCGCCCCGCGCACGCCAGGAUCAUUGGCGCGUGCACGGGAUCGCGGUAGCAUCAGCGAGCGCAUGGCCAAGUCGCGUGCUCAAGCUGUGGCUAAUGCGAAGCGCAAAGCGGCAGAGGAGGCCAGCAAGAAGGAGAGCGUGUUGGAUCUCAUCGAGAAGUCUGCGCCGAGUCCACGCAACAACAAGAGACUGCGCUCGUCCGCAGCUGCAUCGGAUGCUGCUUCAGGCGACGCUUCGAAUACGCUACCCUUAACGGUGGCGUCAAGGGAUCAGCCGCUGCAGGAGAAUGACCUCUUCAGCAGAGGAGCGGCUGUGCCGGACAAAGCGGAAAAGUCAAAGGCCGCAACAGAGGAAGCCAAGAGACGGACGCAGGCGCUGCAAGAGAAGGAGAAAGAGCAGGAGAAGGCAAAAGCGAGUGCAAAGACAAAGGCGGUGGAAGAAGAGCGAGAACAGAUGAAGGCAAAGCAAGCAGCAAAAACUUCUAGCGACAAGCCCGCGGCUGCCCUGCCCAGUAAGCUUAUUCUAGCGCCAUCAAGCAAUGGGAAUUUGGCGGCUCCAUCGUCCCCGUUCUCCUUCCAGCUACCGGCACAACUUGCAGCCAGCAUUCCUAAGAAACCUAGCCCUCUUGCUACGGCUGUCUCGGCGGCUCCUGAUUCACCAGGAUCAGACCGAGAGGACAGGACGUCCAUCUCAAGUGCACAAACUACGCCCUCGAAGCCUGUUUCUACGCGUUCGGCAGCAGAGUCUGGAAUAUUUCCUUUCACAACGCCAGCCACCAAGUGCCAAGGCACUCCGACCCCUGCCGCAGCAUCAACUACACCCGUGUCAGCGCCCCCUUUUACUCUCACCGCAGCCGCCACACCGAAGAUAUCUGCUCCUGCUCUAGUUGCAUUACCCCAGACAUCGCGAGACGUAGCACUGGGCGAGCCGCCGUCAGCACUGCCGAUCUUCGACUUUGCACUGCCUUCGCGUGUGAACGAGAGGAUGCUCUCUGCUGCUGAAAGGGCAGCGCGAGAUACGGCUUUGUCGACUUUGCCGAAGGACCUGCCGGCUUUCAAGUUCAAUGAUGAGCCAGCAGGCUCAGCUGCCGCCACACAGACGCCAUUUUCGUUCCCGUCACAGGCAUCAGGCAGCAGCACGAGCGGAUCAGCUGCUCCUUCUCCAACGAUUCUAUCGCUGCCGACCUCGUCGCCAACUGCAAUCAAGUUCUCGCCUUCUAAACCCUCGGCUCCGCCACAGCCUUCCAGCGAGUCAUCUGCAUCUGAAGGUACGGAGGACGGAGAGAUCACCUCGCGCGACAAGGGGCCUGGAGAGGGUGAGGAAGACGAAGACACACAACACGAGGUCCGAGUCAAAGCCUGGCGAAAGGACGGAGCUGCUUGGAAGGACGUGGGCGUUGGCAUGCUUCGUCUGAAGAAGAAAAAGUCUUCUGACAAGCGGCGUAUGCUCAUGCGCUCUGAAGGCAAUGGCAACGUCUUGAUCAAUUUCAACCUCGUCAAAGGCCUCACAGCUCGGCAGGACAAGACACAAAUCGUUUUUAUGGGCUUUGAAGCCUCUGAGAUGGUCAAUUUCAGAGUGAAGGCCAAGAGCGCAAGCGAGGCGGCAGCUCUCAAGGCCGCGAUUGAGAAGGAGGCUGCACACGUCGCCUGACGCUGUAUUGUGUAUGAGAAUGCUCAGCAACUUCCGUCUGACGACUUUUGCUCACAUCUGUGAAUGUUUCGCCGCUCACAACGUUUGACGAAAGCUCACCCUCUUUUUGAGAGCACGCGCCCCAUCAUCCACGGCGCGGGCAUCAAUACUGUAGGGCAGAUCGAUGCAAGUCUGCGCUCGACUGGGAUUUGGCUAAUCUGUGCUGCAUAUUCACUUGCGCGCCCACACGGAAAUCAUCCAUUAAGUCUGAGCGAACAUACAGCCGAACGCGAGAGGGCAAGGUUCGGCUCGAUGUGGCACUAUUCUGGCCUCACCUUUCUAUGACCGCGAGCAAGCUUUGCUCGUCGGGCUAGUUG